CACCUCCAGCCUGGGUGACACAGUGACACCCUAUCUCAAAAAGAAAAAGAAUACAUAAUCCACUUUUUGUUAGCUGGUAUUUGGCCUCACCAAGGUGAAGCAGGAAAAGGAAAUUCUAUCUGUAUCAGCCAGAUUCUCUCAGACUCAGGUAUUCACUGCACUGCACGAGGGACCCUGGUGUCCAGACUGUUGAGCAUACCAGACUAGUGAAUGCCCUUCCGAAAGGGCCACCAUGCAGCAGGGCUUCCCAUCGGAGAGCUGUGGUCCCAGCCAAGGCAGCUCUCAGGCCUUGCUCCACCACUCUAGGGAGGCGGCCCAGAUCUGUCUCUCCCAAACAAUGCCUGGGUUUGACACUUCCUGAGAAAGCAGAGAUUGUUCUCUUUGUAUGCCACGGCUCUGGAAUGCAGCUCUUCCUGUAAGGAAGACAAUGGUCUUUAUGGGAAGGCUAGGACUUGCAGGAGGUAAGAUUUGAACAGCAGAGCUGGGAGCUAGCUUUGCUGCUGAGGGAAAUGGUGGGCACAGAACCCCCACGGUGGGCGAGUUGGGGUGUGGGUGUGCCUGUGGGCUGGCAGGUGACUCUGCCUGGAGCAUUGCAGGGGUGAGGAGGAGAUCAAGGAGUUAAGAAAGGUAGUCUAGGGGGAGAGGCCCAGAGUUUUCAACACCAGCCUUAGAAAUCUGGGACAUAUGUACUAUCCUUUGCCAUUCAAAAUGUGUCCUGGGACCAAUGGCAUCCUUGGACUUGAAAGCUUGUUAGACACAUAGAAGCCGGGGCUCACCCCAGGCCUGCUGAAUCACAACCUGCAUUUUAACAGGACCCCCAGGAAAUUCUAUCCUCCUUCAAGCACGGCUCUAGGCUAAGAGAAAGCGCGAACAAUUUUUAGAGCUGGGGGGAAAGUGAUGGGAGGAGUGUUUGGGAAUGAGGCCACUGGGGUGGUUAGAGAACACUCACUUGAGAGUUCCGCAACAAUGCAGGCAUGAGCAGCGAGAGUGAAGGCCGAGGGCGGGGGCGGGGGCAAGGGAGGCAGGUCUUUCCCCACAAGCCACAAGGCCGGAGGCACGCCUCCCGCCCUGCCUCCACCUCAGGUGGCAGGAAUCUUGUUGGUGAUCCGUCCAGACAUUGUGUGUUCUGGAAGUGGACAUCGCGGCAUCUGUGUUUUUGAAGUCAGAUUUCAUUGCCGUGGUUUCUAUGCCUGACCCCCCGAAGUUUUCGCUCCUGUUGCCACAGGGAGCCGGGAGAGCACAGAGCGCUGCUGCCGGUGCCCUGCAGCCACACAAACAUGCUCCUGCUCCUGGCGGAGCCAGAGCUGCUGGGAAAGACAUUUCGGAAGUUUCCUGUGGUUGCAACAAAUUGUUCAAAUCUGCACCGGAGCACCGCUGUGACCUGUCUUUCUCCAUCUUAGGGCAACCAGCUCCUGAAACUGGAAACUCCCUAGCACCUCCUCACCCUACCCCGCAGCCUCUCCUUGUGGAAGGAGGUGGAGCGGGGUUGUCUGGAAUGCCUGGCCUCUCUGUCCAAGCAUGGCAGCCUUGCCCCAUGGGUGGCACAGACUCAGUUUCCUAUGCAUCUUGCCCCAGGGAGGAGGUGGGGGUUCCUUCCAUAGAGAUGGUGAAGAAUAAGGGAGGCAGUGAUCGUCUCUGGGAUCCAGUUAAAUCUGCAUCUGCAGGCAGAAAGAGGCUGGGGGACAUGGAGAGAGUGAUCAACUGGAAGAUUCUAGGGUCCUCAAUUUUGAAUGGUGACAUGAUACCCUGGAAAGGGCAUGAACUUAGUUGUCAGUCCGUCCCUGCCUUUUCCAAUCAAAGCUGAGUGGCCAUGACAAAUUAAUGAUCAUCUCUGAGUUUCAGUCUCCUGUCUAAAAUGAGGUGAUAAUAGCUUCUCGAAGGUUGUGAGGCCCUGAACAUGCUGCCUGGCACAUAGAUGGCUAAUCAAUAUUUUCCUAACCUUCCCUUCUCUGAAGUUGCUACCUCUCUCCUCCUGGGGUCUUGCAAAGAAACUUCUGAAUUAAAUAGUUCCUGCCUGGUAGUUUGUAUCAACUGAAGGAAGACAAGUCUGGACUAUGACAUUUUGAAAUUGAAGGCUACAUUUAAAAAUAAAUGUAACCAUUGGCUUUCUGGAAGGACGAAAUGAAACCAGACCGCUUUCUGGAAGGGAGUCUUUUGGGGCUUCGUUCAAUGAACAGACGGGAGUGUAAUUAGUUAUUUGAUAGCAAAUGGGUUCUCUCAAGACAUAAAUACAAUUUAAAGCAGUUUGUUCUAGGGUCUACAGUUUCAACAUGGCCCACUGCAUUCAUGUUUCUACCCUUAACUUGCCAAGUAAACCCAUAGUUUGUUAGUUCAAACACUAAUCUCUGAUCAGUCUCAUUUAUUCUAAAUUUGUUUUCACACAGUGGCUUCCACAACUCAAGGUAUUUUCUAUUCUUUGCUCUCUGGAGACUGAGAGGUUAUCAGGUGUGGAAAGGCUUCUACGAGUUUUCCUCUAAUAUAGUCCUGGGAAAUACAGAAGCCUCCUCGAAUGAAUGGUCCGACUCACCUUUUCCCAGGACCAUAAAAGUAUAUAUUUUUGUUUCCUAUCCUAAACACAGUGUAACUCACUCCUCCUUUUUCCUGGGAGAUUGUGGUAAUACUGAGAGGCCUGGGGGGUCUCUGGGAUAAAGCAACUUGUAAAACGACUAUGAGGGGGUUCCAGAUCUGACUUAAUCAACAUUUCUCAAGAUCCGUAGACCAAUAAAACUGUUUGCUUUCUUACCACAGUUCCACCGGCUGAUUUAUUUCUCUUACUUGGCUGAAGCUGUCGCUGCUCAAAGCAGUUCAUUUGUCAGGUCGAGAGAAUUACAAUGCACAGGACCUCUUGCUAGUGCUAUCUCAGUUUAUAAAUUUCACGAAUCACAAUUUAUUGCGGUGCACCCCACAGAGUCUCCUAUUAAUAAAUUGUGGCUCAUCAGCAAAAGCACGUGUCUAUGGCUCCCUUGGACAUAGGCUUAGGGUCCUGGAGCGGCCGCACAGGCUGCAUGUGGCCAACACACAAACGUAGCCGGGCCGGCUCCCGCAGCCUCUAUCUGAGUCUCCCUUUACUUGCAAUGACUCUCUGCAUGGCCUGGUUUCUUGUUUUCACCUCUGCAGGGAUGCCAUGUAAAGGAGGCCAGACACUGCCUGUGUAUGUUUGUGUUGUGGUGGGGAGGGCCGGGCCAUAGGAAGAACUUAAUUCCUUCCAAAAUCUACAGAUUUCUCCCUAAUUGAUUUCAUCCACCUGUGGGUACAGAGUUUCAUUAAUAAUGCAAACCUUUUGUUCACUGACUCUUUUCCAUCCCAGCCACCAGCACCACCUCAGCUAGAGCUUUCUGGGCGCCCUUGGGGUUUUUCACAUGCUCUCAAAAGCGAGUCCAGUAGUGACUUGCCCAAGUAGUCAGGUCAGCUCCUCCACUGCACCUUCCAUUUCCUUCCUUCCACCUGCGCUGGCCUCUUCUGCUGGGUGCGCGCAGUUCCCACGGGACAUUCUAUAUCUUCCACUCUCUCUGUCUGCUACUGACACCUAGGUCCCGACUAGGGGCUGCAUUUUGCCCCCCGAAAUCCGUAUGUGAAAUCCUAGCCCUCAGUACUUCAGAGUGUGACUGUAUUUGCAGAGAGGGCCUUUAACAUGUAAUUAUGGUAAAAGGAGUUUGUUAGGCUGGUCCUUAAUCCCAUGUAACUGAUGUUCUUAUAAGGAGAAGAAAUGUGGGCACACACACAAAGGGAAAGACCAUAUGAAGACACAGGGAGAAGACGCUCACCUGCUAGCCAGGGACAGGGUCCUCAGAAGGAACCAGCCCUACCUUGGAAGAAGUUGACAUGCUGAUCUCAGACUUCCAGCCUUCAGAAUGUGGGCUCACAAAAGGGACAGACUCAGUCCCUAGUAAAAUGGAUGGUCUGCGUUCGCUGUGAGAUUCUGCGGGGUGAACAGCCUUGGUACUGUAAGACAAGACAUGGUGUCAGAAGGAGGAGCCCAUGACAGAUGCCUCGUCCAAAAGCCUAAGAGUUGAAUUCGGUGCUCACAAACCUCCCAGGUACUCCUCACUAUCUUUGAAAUGAAGCCUCACCUCCCUCUCUGAAGAGGCAUCAAGGCCUCAGCCUGUCUUUCCAGCCUCAUCUCUUGCCACUCCCUGCCUAGGCAUGCACUCCUCCAGCACUGCCCACAUUCUUUCAAUUCCUCAACAGUUCAGUGUCUGUGCUCCUGGACAUCACUCUUGCUACUCCCGUUUGGCUCAAACAUUUUUCUUUCUGGUGAGCUUCUACUCAUCCUUCAAAGCCUAACUCAAGGGCACCCUUAUUCUAACUUCGGGGUUCAUCCAUCUUCCUCACUGACACUCAGAACUACAGUGAAAUAUUUCCUUGUCUGUGCUCUUCAGGGCAGGUUGUUUAUCUCUCUAGGGUAGGGUUUAUCAUCUGGCAUACUAGGCGUUCAUUCGAGGCCUGUUUUCCCCACUGAAUACUGGACUCCUCCAGGGCUGAGAUCUUGCUUGUUUAACUUUACAUACUCAAAAACCAGCCAUACUAGAACCUCAAUUUCUUCUGAACUAAAGUAAUGCACCUGUAACAAAUGUGACAAAGCCAAGUGGCAAUUGCCGCUUACUCACUGAACACCUGUGAGGGUAAAGUGAGAUGAUUCACAGAAAAGCAUGAUCCUCUUCCACAGCACCUUAUGGUACAUUAUGAAUAAGAGUCAGAUGGAGCGGCAGUAAGAUGGGUGGAGAUAUGGUUUGGCUGUGUCCCCACCAAAAUCUCAUCUUGAA